CUCGUUAGCUGCCUUCUUAGCCUUUUCAAGUAGGCCGCAUCUCACGAGGUUCCCGGCGUGAUCAUCAGAAUGAAAAAACAAAUAUUCUCUCCGUGCCCAAAGGCUGCGGCUGCGCGCUCUCUUUGUUGACUACCGCCAGCAUCAUCAUACCAACACAAUACCUGUCCCAUCCCUAUCAGAGCUGUUCCAUCCAAUGCUCUCAAGUGAUCUAGCAGCUUUGAUUGGCUUUGGUUGUGAAGCAGUCUUGUAUGGCAGUUACUGCAUUCUUUUCCUCAUCUCAUGGGUAGUCUUGUUUCAAAAACAACGUGCACCAAACCUUAGUAGCCCUGUCGUUUUUGCCAACUGUUUGCUUUUUUUCUGCUGCACUGCACAUUUUGCCCUCGAAUUCAAUCAUUUUUAUACGACUCUUGAGUCAACAGGCGUCCUUAAUUAUUCCGCGGAGACUCCAGGUCUAAUGGGCGCAGAUUUCCUUAUCUCGUUCACAGAUCUCGUCGGUGACCUGGUUCUCGUCUACCGCUGCUGGAUGCUUUGGGGUAAGAACUACUACGUAGUCAUACUUCCCCUUCUUUCUGCCUUUGGUGGCUUCGCUUGUAUAAUGGAGGUACUCCACCUCCUCCUCCUCAUCGACCCCUCCUCCCCCGCUCCUCCAGCCGCUGUAGUCCCCCUAGGCCUCGCAGGAUAUGUCCUCCCCCUUGCCACCAACGUCAUCGUAACCUCCCUCAUAGUCUACCGCAUCUGGUUCUCCUCCCGCGUCGUCAACGAAAACCAAGUCGUCAUCAGCCAAGGCGCCUCCUAUCGCGCCAUGGUGUUCAUCAUCGAAAGCGGCGCCCUCUAUCUCAUCACACAAUUCGUCUUCGUCGUACUCUUCGCGAUCCAACACCCCGCACAAGGCAUCGUGGCGGUGAUUGCCACCCAAAUAUACGGCAUCGCACCUACCCUCAUUAUUAUUCGGGUCGGUUUGGGAAUUUCAUCAGAACAGACGACCAGGGCAAUAACGUCCACCCGUAUCGAAUGGAUGGCGCGCCGUGGGGAAGACACGGGCACUUCGGGCACUCAGUUCACCGUUGAGCGCAACAUGACCCAAACCGAUAUGAAGGGAGACGAUGAUGAGAUCGAGAUCGCAGAGAUCGAGUUGCCGCCUGUUAGCACUCUUGAGAGUGCUUCGCCUGUAUGACAAACCAAAACCUUUUGGCAUCGAAACGAAAGAAAGAAAGAAUCUUGAAGGUUGAAGGUUAGGUUUUUGUUGUAGUGUGCGCAUUUGGACAUGCGCACACCUGAAAUUAAUUACAAUUACGAUGUGGUGUAUCUUUGACGUAUCUAGCUAAUAGAAGUAUCAAUUUGGCAUA